UUUUUUUUUUUACAGCAGACCUGCAAAUGGUAGAGUAUCUUCCUCAUAGUGAUUUAUCCACAAAACUAUAGGCUAGGUCUAAUCGAAACCAAAUUGUUUGCCAGAUGUGACUGCCUGACGAUCAGGGAUGUAUUUGAAGCUUUAGCCAUCUGUGUAAUGUGACCUGAGGAAAAACUACCUAAUAACAUGAAUUCACUUGAAAACAUAAUUAAUAUAUUUCAUUUCUUCAUUAUUGAUAUUAGGCCCGAGCCUCUCUGAAAAUGAUUUAAAGCACACCAGCUGUCCGUCAGCCUGAUGAUGCGCCUUGUCUGUUAUGUGUGCUGAGGCAUUCCUUCACUGUCUUCGCACGAAUACGCAUGCGUGUCGGCGCAAUUGGGUUUGGUGCAGUUGUUGCUUCCGCGGAGUAGCUCCACAGCUUGUUUAGCCUGCUAACGAUUCAAGAUGACGACCUCAUGGAGUGACACACUCCAGAAAUACGCAGACGUUCCGGCCAACAUGGAUGGAAUGUCCAUGAAGAAAUACAGAAGAGAAGCUCAUCACAGCUGUCCACGGGAACUGGCCCAGUGUCACCCUGCAAUGAGGGUGUUCGUAAACAGAAGUUUGGCGAUGGAGAAGAUCAAAUGCUUCGGCUUUGAUAUGGAUUACACUUUAGCAGUGUACAAGUCCCCAGAGUACGAGUCACUGGGCUUUGACCUGACUGUGGAGAGGAUGGUCUCUAUUGGUUACCCACAGGAGUUGCUCAACUUUGUGUACGAUCCAGCAUUCCCCACAAGGGGUCUAGUGUUUGAUACCACAUACGGAAACCUGCUGAAGGUUGAUGCUUAUGGCAACAUUUUGGUGUGCGCCCAUGGAUUCAACUUCAUGCGGGGGCCUGAGACCAGGGAACAGUAUCCAAACAAAUUCAUCCAACGCGGAGACACUGACCGCUUCUACAUUUUGAACACACUCUUCAAUCUGCCAGAAACGUACCUAUUUGCCUGCCUGGUAGAUUUCUUUACUAACUGCGCAAGAUACAAAAGCUGUGAAACAGGCUUUAAAGACGGGGACCUCUUCAUGUCCUACAAGAGCAUGUUCCAGGAUGUCAGAGAUGCUGUGGACUGGGUCCAUUUCAAGGGAUCACUGAAGGAGAAGACGGUUGAAAACCUUGAGAAGUAUGUGGUGAAAGAUUCAAAAUUGCCUCUUCUGCUGAGCCGAAUGAACGAAGUUUCAAAGGUGUUCCUGGUCACAAACAGUGACUACAAGUACACUGAUAAAAUCAUGACGUUCCUGUUUGACCUUUCCCAUGGCCCAACAGUUGGAGCUCCUCAUCAGCCCUGGCAGUCUUACUUCGACCUGAUCCUGGUGGACGCCCGCAAGCCGCAUUUCUUUGGCGAGGGCACGGUGCUGCGACAGGUGGACACGGUCUCUGGUCGUCUGAAGAUUGGAACCUACACAGGGCCUCUGCAGCAUGGCAUCGUGUACUCUGGAGGUUCCUCUGACAUUGUGUGCGACCUGCUGGGAUCCAAAGGAAAGGACAUCCUGUACAUUGGAGACCACAUCUUUGGCGAUAUCCUCAAGUGCAAGAAGCGUCAGGGAUGGAGGACCUUCCUGGUGAUCCCCGAGAUGGCCCAGGAGCUACACGUGUGGACGGACAAGAGCGCCCUGUUUGAGGAGCUACAGAGCCUGGACAUAUUCCUUGCAGAGCUCUACAAACAUUUGGACAGCAGUAGCAAUGAGAGACCUGACAUCAGCUCCCUCCAGAGGAGGAUUAAGAAAGUGACCCACGACAUGGACAUGUGCUACGGCAUGAUGGGAAGCCUGUUCCGCAGCGGCUCGCGGCAGACGCUGUUCGCCUCGCAGGUGAUGCGCUACGCCGACCUGUACGCCGCGUCCUUCAUCAACAUGCUCUACUACCCCUUCAGCUACCUGUUCAGAGCCGCCCACGUGCUGAUGCCCCACGAGUCCACAGUGGAGCACUCAAACCUGAACAUCAACGACAUCGAGUCGCCCAUGGCAACACGCAACCGCCAGGCGGAGGACUUCCGCGACCACGAGUGCAAGCGGCACCAGCUCACGCGCUCCAUCAGCGAGAUCCAGCCGCCCCACCUCUUCCCCACGACCCCCCAGGAGAUCACGCAUUGCCACGAUGAGGAUGACGACGAAGAGGAGGAGGAGGAAGAGGAGUAAGAAGGCGUUUGGGUCUGCCUACUGGUCCAUAACAGGGCUAGAGGAAGGGGAAAUGAUAGCCUUAUUAGGCUGGCGGGAUGUAUUUGGCAAUCAACUUUUUCCCCUGGUUUUAUUUUUUCGGAGAGGUCUUUUGUUUUCUUUUUAAAUUUUCAUUAUUAUUCUGUUCCCUGCCUGUAUAUACAGUUUACGAUUAGGUCAACUGCAGAUUGUCUGUCUUAUGGGGGGACACUCUGCAUUCUUUGUUUUGAGACCCACAGUGAGGACUGUUUCAUUGACCAAACUCCUCUUCCUGCUCUCGCUCGUGAUGGAGAUGGACCUGAAACUUUAUUUUUGGAUGUGUGUAUUUUCUUUUUCUUCGUCUCUCUUAUUUUAAAUCAUUUGGUUAAUGUUGAGAGGAAUCCUAUUCAGUAUUUUAUUAUUUGUGGAUAAAACCAUGUUACUGUUAAUUCUGAGGGAGCACAAGUUGAAGUUGAUUGGAUCCAAAUGAUGCACCCCAAAUUUUGCAUGCUUGGGCGUUCUGAAUCUGCUUUGGGUUUCUCAAUGGUUUAUUAUGUUGUGACCAUAUGGAAAUGCAAUAUACGGUCAGUUCUGCAGCCUUCAUUUGCAUGGGAGUAGACCAAACUAGGCAUUCAGUGUCAUACAGAGUAGUUAGAGUAUGCUGGAACUAUCAUAACCACAAUCAAACCGCAGAGGGAAAAAAUCUACAGUUUUUGGAUUUGGGAACUCUAGACCAUACAGUAAUGCACAGAUUCAAACCUAGCCUAUGUCUUCACCUCCAUUUGAACUGACAUGUCUCAGUACGUGAGGAGUGGAUAUGUUUGUGCAACCUGAAUACUGUGAAUGCUAGCUCCUCAAGUUACUGGGAAUGCUUGAUGGAUGUUGUCAUUCACUGAGCAGCCAGGUCAAGCAGUAGGGAUAACGUGCCUGUUGUCAAGCCCUCCAGCCGUCUCUCAUGAUUACAGAAGGUUCUAGAUUUACUGCAGAGCUGGACAGUACUGAGAUUAUUUGCACUUGUGCCAGAGUGGAAUAAGGAUUGUACUUUUAUUCUUCUUCUUCUUUUUUUUUUUUUUUUUUUGUAUUUUUUUUUUUUUUUUUUAAAUGUUUGCUCCUUGUAAAUGCUGGAUUUUUGUUCUGAUUUGUAUUUCAUACAAAGACCAGCAUUUGUGUGGAUGUAUGUUUGUUUGUUUGUGUGUGUGUGUGUGUGUGUGUGCAUUUUCUUAACUGAACGGUUAUUAUUCCUCUAUUGUGAGGCUGAGAGGGACCCUAUAUGUGGGCACUCA